AAAAAUACAUCCCAAGCUAAUAUAAACUUUAAAUAAACACAUGCUUUGUAGAGCCAUCGUUUUACCGUCUUUGAUCUUAAGCUUUUUUUUACAAGAAGCGAGUGUUUGUGUUUUAAAUCUACUUUAAUAUAAAUUGGCGACAGGCUUAGAUUCGAACGCAUGAAACACAUCUGCCACAUUUGCAAGCGAGGAAACUGCCUGAAGACAUUCAUCAAGACAGCUGUCUGCAGGUACAUUUGAUUUAGAAAUAAGUUUAGAUAUGUGUAGUUAUGAACAACCGACGGUCUGUAUUUGUUCGACUGAAUAUUAUUGUCUCAAAUAAACGCCCUCAUCAUGAUUCACAGCUUGUUUCUGAUAAACAAUGCUGGCGAUUUAUUCCUGGAGAAACACUGGAAGAGUGUCAUAAGCCGCUCCGUCUGCGAUUAUUUUUUCGAAGCACGAGAGAAGGCAGUGGAACCUGACAAUGUGCCUCCUGUCAUCCGCACCCCUCAUCACUAUCUCAUAAACAUCUACCGUGAGAAGAUCUUCUUUGUUUCUGUCAUCCAAACCGAAGUGCCUCCACUCUUUGUAAUAGAAUUUCUGCAUCGAGUCGCAGAGACAUUUCAGGACUAUUUUGGAGAAUGUUCGGAGUCCACUAUCAAGGACAAUGUGGUUAUAGUCUAUGAGCUCUUGGAGGAGAUGUUGGAUAAUGGCUUCCCCCUCGCUACAGAGUCCAACAUCUUGAAAGAACUCAUCAGACCUCCCACAAUCCUGCGGUCGAUGGUCAACACCAUCACAGGCAGUAGUAAUGUUGGCGAAACACUCCCUACUGGUCAGCUCUCCACUAUCCCAUGGAGAAGAGCAGGCGUGAAAUAUACCAAUAAUGAGGCUUACUUUGAUGUGGUGGAAGAAAUCGAUGCCAUCUUGGAUAAGUCUGGAACUACAGUCUUUGCAGAAAUCCAGGGAGUUAUUGAUGCUUGUGUCAAGCUCUCUGGAAUGCCAGAUCUUACUCUCUCUUUUAUGAACCCCAGGCUCCUUGACGACGUGAGUUUUCAUCCAUGCGUCCGUUAUAAGAGAUGGGAAAGUGAAAGAGUUAUCUCCUUCGUUCCCCCCGAUGGAAACUUUCAGCUCAUGUCGUAUCACAUCAGUGCGCAGAACCUUGUAGCAAUCCCAGUAUAUGUGAAGCAGAACAUCAGCUUCUUUGAGACUGGAUCUUCAGGAAGACUGGACAUAACUGUGGGUCCUAAGCAGACCAUGGGAAAGACUGUGGAGGGUUUGGUUGUGACUGUACACAUGCCCAAAGUGGUUCUCAGUGCCAACCUCAAUGCAACUCAGGGAACCUACAACUAUGACCCCGUCACGAAGAUUUUGGUGUGGGAUAUAGGGAAACUUAACCCCCAGAAGCUGCCCAAUCUGAAAGGAAGCCUAAGUCUGCAAUCUGGAGCUCCUAAACCAGAAGAGAACCCAAGUCUGAACAUUGACCUGAAAAUCCAGCAGUUAGCCAUCUCAGGACUGAAAGUCAAUCGUCUAGACAUGUACGGAGAGAAAUAUAAGCCAUUCAAGGGUGUGAAAUAUGUGACCAAAGCUGGGAAGUUCCAGGUCAGGACAUGAGGCCAGCUGCAGAGUAUCACAAGGAUAUGCCAAAAGUUUAUUAGAAGUGCCAUUUUUCUAAGUGACAAAUCAUAUAGGAUUGCAACCUUGUGCACAAUCUCCCUUAUUUUUUAAAACAUGGUAGUUACAUUCGUUAUUGUAAUAUUUAUCUUUCUUGUUUUGUGGGAAGUUACUGGCAAUUUGCAAGAAGUGAAAAUCUUUUUCAGAGAGCAUUUGCUUUGGGAAUCUUUCACUUCAUAUCAACAGCAUUCCAUUAAUGUAUUAAAACUAUAUUAUGUUA